AUGGCAGCGACGAGUGUUGUCGUUCUGGACAGAGGCAACAAUACAACUUGUACCGUAAAUCUUUUCGGUGCUACAGUGGUAUCAUGGCGGGUUAAUAAUCAAGAACAAUUAUUUGUAAGUAAACAGGCUGUAUUCGAUGGGAAGAGGGCGAUACGAGGAGGGAUACCAUUCGUAUUUCCUCAAUUCGGUCAAUGGGCGUUCGGGCCUCAGCAUGGGUUCGCGCGCGUGGCUCGCUGGCACGUCGAGAAGAUGCCGGAGCGACUGCCUUCAGGAGACGUGGAGGCUGUCUUCAGUCUCAUGGAUGACGACUUCACGAGAUCCAUGUGGCACUUCCAGUUCAGAUUGACCUACCGGCUCAUAUUACGCGAGAAGGAGCUCCACUUCAACAUCGGCGUGUACAACCCCAGCAAGGAGCUGACGUUCAGUUGCCAGCUGUUGCUGCACACGUACUUCAAGGUGCCGGACGUGAGGCGCUGUCAGAUAACUGGCAUGCACGGCUGUAUGUUCAUUGAUAAGACCCGUGAAGGCGCCGUGUAUCAAGAGACUCGCGAAGUGGUGACCAUCAACGAGUGGACGGACCGCGUGUACCAGAACACGAUGCAGGAGCACAUCAUCACCAACGUGGUCAGCGGGCGCAAGAUGAGGAUACAGAAGUACAACUUCCCUGACACAGUCAUUUGGAACCCUUGGGCGGAAUUCGCUAAGGAGAUACCCGAUUUCGGUGACGACGAGUUCCCGAACAUGGUGUGUGUGGAGGCGGGCCGGGUCGCUGCACCCAUCGUGCUGCUGCCAGGGACCGCCUUUGAAGCCUCACAAAUAUUACAGAGUAUUUAG